CUCACUCUCCUCACAAGAUAACGAGGAAGUGAGGAACAGUCAUCGCUGAACCCCUGAAACUGGAUAGCUAAAACCUUCGGUCUCUGCUUCAAGAAAACAAUGCAGUUUCCCAAGUUCAAGCAACCAGAGAUUUCAUCUGAUGCCAAUCAAGCGAAGCCAAGUCUUCAACAAACCUUCAUUGACAUUCGAAACCAUUGCUCUGGUUUCCUACAGCACAUCACGGACUCCAUCAGUCAACAACAGCAAAAACAGCCCAAUUUCCCUUUUUCCAAUCCUAAUCCAUCUUCCUUGAAGACCCAUCUCGAGUUAGCCUUGGAAAAUCUCGGAAACCAAGCGAAACGGGCUUUCCAAACUGGCAUUUCUGGUUUUGUUUCUACUUCACCGUCUUCCGGAAAAAACCCAGUUUGGGCUCGGGUUUCUGCACAGAAUGAGACUCUUUCUGAACCCAUUCAUCGGUUCGACCUCGCCAUGUCUACCGAAGCCAUUGAAGAGCGUUUAUCUGGUGUUCCCGUCUAUGCCCUUAGCAACUCUGCUGAAGAAUUCGUGCUGGUUUCAGGCGUUAGGACGGGGAAAUCCCUUGGUCUCUUUUGCUUCAAGAAGGAAGACGCUGAAGCACUUCUGGAGCAAAUGAAGUCUAUGGACCCUGGGAUGCGCGGGGGCUCGAGAGUCGUUGCUGUUGCUCUCAACAAGGUUUUCCAGCUGAAGGUUGACGGCGUUGCCUUUAGGUUCAUACCUGAUUCUUCUCAAAUCAAGAAUGCACUAAAGGAGAGGAAAAAAGCUGGAUUUUCUGAGGAUGGCUUCUCUGGGGUUCCAGUUUUCCAGUCACGGAGCCUUAUUUUGCAAAGCCAAAACAAGAAGUAUCGUCCAGUUUUCUUCAGAAAGGAGGACCUAGAGAACUCACUACUACGAGCUUCUAGACAGCAAAAUCAAUUAAACCCAGCCUUCAAACAGGGAGAUAUACAGGUUGCUGUUCUUGAGGAAAUAAUACAAGGAAUGAAGGAGGGUUCUAAAUCAAAGUGGGAGGAUGUUGUUUUCAUUCCACCUGGUUUUGACAUUUCAGUUGAUCUUCCGACACAAGAGAAGCUUACUGCAAUGGGGUAGGCACUAGUAUUCGUGGACUUGUCUGAUCGGUGAAGCUUAUCAAGGUUUAUUUCAAGCCCAAUAGUAUACGUGAAACAUAAGGGAAGACUUACCAGCUUGGUUAUGAGUAGGGUAACUUUCUCUUAAAACGAAUGGUACAAUGUUAUACAUGUACAAUAUUGAGUUUAUCUGAUUUUCAUAAACAUUAACUGACCUUCUGAACUACAAACAUGAAUCAAGGAGGUGCUUACUACCAGUUUUCAUCUUCUUUAAAAUGUCAUAUCUAUUCAGAAAAAUGGCAUUAGCAUUUCAUUUUUUCUAUUUCUC